ACGCGGGCAUCGAGGCGGGCCGGCGUCUCUGUAAACAAACGCCCGACACUUCACCCCCGACCAUGGCGACGGAGCGAUACAGUUUCUCCCUCACGACUUUCAGCCCUUCAGGGAAGCUGGUGCAGAUAGAAUAUGCCUUGGCGGCCGUAGCAGCAGGCGCACCAGCCGUGGGCAUCAAAGCAAAGGAUGGGGUUGUCCUCGCCACAGAGAAGAAGCACAAGUCCAUCCUGGUGGAGGAACAUUCCAUCAUCAAGGUGGAGAUGAUCACGGACCACAUCGGCAUGGUUUACAGCGGCAUGGGCCCUGACUACAGGCUUCUGGUUCGUCAAGCAAGGAAAGUUGCUCAGCAGUACUACCGCACAUACUUAGAACCCAUCCCCACGCCACAGUUAGUACAGCGUCUGGCAGCAAUCAUGCAGGAGUACACACAGUCUGGCGGUGUGCGGCCGUUUGGUGUAAGCUUGCUCAUAUGCGGCUGGGAUCUAGAUCGGCCAUACUUGUUCCAGUGUGAUCCCUCAGGGGCUUAUUUCCCCUGGAAAGCCACAGCCAUGGGCAAGAACUUCAUCAAUGGGAAAACAUUCCUUGAGAAAAGAUACAAUGAAGACUUGGAGUUGGAUGAUGCUGUCCACACUGCCAUCCUUACCCUGAAGGAAAGCUUUGAGGGACAGAUGAGCAGCGACAACAUUGAAAUCGGCAUCUGCAACUCACAGGGUUUCCGAAGACUGACACCAGCUGAGGUCCAGGACUAUCUGGCCAAUAUUGCAUAAUGUGUAGUUUGUAUCAUAUCUAAUGAACUUUUGAGUAUGUAAGUCAGGAGAGAGUAAUCUUUUUAAUUUUUUUUUUUUGCAUUGUUUUACAAGUGUUUUUCCUUGGUUGAAUUUACAACGUAGGUUUCAAUAAGCAAAGGUUCUGCCCGCUGGCUCUCAUCUUGCACCCGGUGGAAAAUCCUGUUAGCAAGACUGAUUGUAUUUGCUGCUAACGUUUUCAUAAAUAAAUUAUGCUCUCUUGUAAAUCUCUUUAUUUUAUGUCCUAUCAAGAUGACGAUCAUUAAUUAUACUCCUUGCAUGGAGUUGAUUUAUUGCAUUAACUUUCGUGGCAGAUAUGGCUCAGUCUUUUUUAUUACAUGCAAGUUUCAGCUCUAGCCCCUUUGCAUGGAGAACUCUUAACUGCUUACAUGACCAAAUGUGUGACAGGGAUGUAGUAGCAUUUGUUCUUUGAUAUUAUAGCUGAGAACAGCAAUGGUUGAAUAAAGUAAUAACUUCUAA